ACACUGAAAAGAUACCGCCAAUCGGUAACAGAUAACGAACGUAACCUCGAUUCUUAUUUUAUACUGUCUGUUUUAUCUUGGUUAAUACCGGUAAAACUGCUUAGUUAGUAAUUGAUAAAUAUUCAAGCUUCUCUUGUUAGUAAUAGUAAAUUAUAAAACAAUGCCUAAAAAGUCAAAGAAGCAAGAUACUUCCGAUUCUGAUUCUGGUCCAGACGAUGUUACUCCAGCCAAGAAGUCAAAGACUGAAUCAAAGUCAUCAAAACCAAAAAGCGAAGAAGAAAACUCGUGGAGUUUGGGUAAAAACCGCUUUGUAAAGUUAACAGAAUUUAAAAAUACAUGGUAUAUUAAUAUUCGUGAGUACUACAAUAGUGAUGGAGAAUUGAAACCUGGUAAAAAGGGAAUUAUGCUUACCAUGGAACAGUGGCAGAAAUUUAAGGGAUGUAUGGAUGAAAUCGAUGAAGCUAUAAAGAAAAAUGUUUAAUCAUUUUCUAAUUCAAACAUUCAUCCUGUAAAAUUUAAAUUUCCAUACAGAAUAUUAUUGUUGAGAAUGUGUUCGGUUUAUUUUAUUAUGGAAGAUUCAAUGUUUGUUUUAUAUUCUGUGUUUAGUUUUGUAUAUUUAAUAAUAUCUAAAUAUUCUUAUCUUAUACUUUGAAAGGUAUUUAUUUUUGAUUAUAUCUCCUACACACACAAUGUUAAAAAAUAUAUAUUAGGUUCAAAGGAAAACUCGAUUAUCUGUGAAGUUUUUAAAUAAAAUAAUUAAAACAGAA